UCCCGUCUACAUCGUGUGUAUAUAUAUAUAGCUGGCAACAACUUCCAAGCUUCAGCGCCACGAGAACUAGAGUCUAACGGGCCAUAAACAUCUUGUCAGAGCCACGAACGCACCCCGACACAACUGCUCGCAAUGUCGAUCAAGACCGCCCUCAUCGGACCUAUCCGAGUACCCGCGAUCUCACUGGGAACCUGGUCAUGGGGCGACAAGACCUGGGGCUACAAACCGGAGGAUUUGCCUCAAAUCAGGGAGGCCUGGUUCGCAUGUCUAGAGGCUGGGUAUCCGUUUUUUGACACGGCCGAAGUCUACGGAAUGGGAAAGAGCGAAGAGAUCAUCGGCAUGCUACUCAAAGAGACCCCAGAGGAGGAACGCAAAAAGGUCGUCCUCGCUACCAAGUGGCUGCCCAUGCCGAACCCGAUGAACUGGUCCUUCUUCACUCCCGGGAUCGUCACCUCGCUUAGAGCGUCACUCGAACGGAUGGGAGUGGACAGCAUCGAGCUAUAUCAGAUUCACAGUAACACGUCCUAUUUUUCGUACGAUGCGCAAGCUAAGCAGUUGGCCGAGGUCGUGAAACAAGGCUUGGCCAAGCAGGUCGGAGUCAGCAACUUUAGCCAGGAUCAACUGAUCAAGAUGACGGCCGCCUGCGACGCCCACGGGAUCAAGCUCGCUAGCAAUCAGAUCGAGUUCAACCUCGCCCGAACGCUGCCCCUUAAAAACGGCUUGCUGCAGUAUAUGAAGGAAAAGGAAAUCACAUGUCUCGCCUACUCGCCCUUGGCGAUGGGCCGACUCACCGGGAAAUACUCUGCGGCGAACCCCCCACCGUCGGGAAGGAGGUUCUCCAAUAUUCCGAUGGACACGCUCGAACCGCUCUUGGAGGUCAUGCGACGGAUCGCCAAGGCUCACGAUGUUCCCGUCAGUGCCGUCGCCCUCGGGUGGGUCAUGGCCAAAGGCGCCAUCCCGCUAGGGGGGGCGAGGAACAAGUCACAGGCCGAGCAGAAUGCGAAAGCGUUGACAUUGGAGAUGACCUCUGAAGAGAUUGCCGAGCUGGACGAGAACGCGUUGGAGGGCAAGACGUCGUUGUGGCAGCAGGGUUGAGGCGAGGUCGAUGGAGGGUGAUGAUCGUUGUAACUAUAAUAGUACUAGCUACUAGUGUGCGUAAGUCCGUCUGUGUCCCAGCUCCUAUCUGUAUAUCUGAUACCGUUGAGAAUCUGCGUGUAUCUGAUCCCGAGAGCGAGACAUGAACUUGUUCCGCAUUCUAUAUUCUUGGCCCCUGCCUGCCUUGCGGAAAUUCAUACUCCUAACU